CCUUGGACUUAUUUUAUAAAGCGAGGAAUUCCGAGCAGUCCAAACAAAGUGAAUACAGAAAUGGACAAGUUGUUAAAGUUCAUGACUUUGAUUGGCGAUCUUAAGCGGGUGAAGAGGACAGGCUGGGUGCUGCGACAAGUGAAGGAGCCCGAGUCCGUUGCGGACCACAUGUAUAGGAUGGCCAUCUUGUCUUUCCUGGUAGACCCCACCAGCUCAGGUCUCAAUAAAGACAGAUGUAUCAAAAUAAGUCUGGUGCAUGACCUAGCAGAGUGUAUCGUAGGAGACCUGACUCCCCAGGACAAUAUUCCAAAGGCAGAGAAACAAAAACAGGAAAUGGAUGCCAUGAAGCAGAUAUGCAGUUUGGUACCUGAAGAAGUUGGUCGAGAACUGUACGAGUUAUGGGAGGAUUAUGAAUUUCAAAGGAGUGAAGAGGCCAAGUUUGUGAAGGAUUUGGACAAGUUUGAGAUGAUACUUCAGGCUCACGAGUACGAGACACUGAGCGAUUGUCCAGGUCAUCUACAAGAGUUCUUUGACAGUACAGCAGGAAAAUUUAAAACAGAACUAGUGAAAGAAUGGGUAAAGAAGUUGACCACUGACAGAACUGGCUCAAGUGCAACGUGACGAAAAUUAAAUGCAGAGUAUUUCAUUUUCACCAAAUGUUUAGGCCCUUAGUGAUUAUGAUCAGACAACUUCAUUGUUACAAAUUGAAGCUUUGUGUCAUUUUUGUAUGAAAAGAAACCUAACCUUGAUGUAUCUGCAGAGCAGUGGAUUAUCAGGGUAUUUUUGUCAUUAUGUUACAUUGACUUAAUCUAAUUGCAAAUAAAGCAUUAUAAUCUGAUAAUUGUGGUAGACUUGAAGAGGAUCAGAUUGUCAAGGUUUCCACUGUAAUUCACCGUACAAUGUACAUAUAAAAUAUAUAAUAAAAAGACAAAACUAUAGAUAUUCAUUAAGGUCAGACGACACAUUCCUCGAGCAUAAUUUUUGUAUCUCCUCGUAAUAAAGAGUUCAAAUAAAAAUUAUUAUUUUUAUAAUGAUUUUUAAAAUGAUUAAAAUUUACUUGUAUAUGGUUAUAUGCCUAUAUGGCUGAGUGGUUACAGCUGUGGCCAAUCUCUUCCAGAAGCGUAGGUUCUAGAGGUUGUGAGUUCAAAGCCCUGCCCAAUAUAGUGAAUUUCACUGUGCUGUAUUAUUUAUUUAUUUUUAUAUCAGCAAUUCAAGUGUAUUUUCAAGAUUAUAUAGCAAAUUGCAUUUUCUAGUAUUUUGCAGAAAUGCCUGGUAAGGUAUUCUAAUUUUUUGCAAGAAAGCUUGUCGGAGUAGUAGUAAACCAUUAACAAAUUCCUGGAAAAUGUUAUAUAAAAUUGAGGAACGUGUCGUCUGACCUUAAAUUAAUAAAUACAUUCUUGACUUUGAAA